AUGACUAAAUUCAAAUAUUGGUAACCUAAAACAGUCUGGCAACCCACUAAUUAUUCGAAAACAACAAGUGUCAAAUUUUUAAAAUCGUCUGCUGCAAGUGUAAAAAUAAUUAUUUUUGUUUAUCACUAAAAGUUCUACACGGAAAAGCUUUGAUCUUCUCUUUCUCUUUACACUUGACAUUAAAAAAGUCAUUAUCUACAUUAUUUUCUCCCCGGCUUUUCUGAUCCAAUCAAAUUGUUUAUAAUUUAUUUUCCUUCUAAAUGGAUUUGAUACGUUGAUAAAAGUUAUAAAUUUUGUUCUUAAAACAGCUGUUAAAGCCCAUUAUCUUAUGCUAAAUCAGUCGUCGUGUACUUCUGUUUGUAUCAAAAGCAUUUACCGGUAUACCGGCAGUAUGUUUUUUCAGAUUAUACUUUUUGCGGUGUUAGCUCAAACUUUUGCUGAUGAAUCUUGUUAUUCUUAUGGAGGCGGGCACGUUUAUCCCCAUGAAACAACAAGAUCAACUGUUGGACAAAAUUAUGCUACAAGCAAAGCACAAAUUUCCAAACCUGCACCUAAUUGGGAAAGUACAGCUGUUGUUAAUGGAGAAUUUAAAGAAUUAAAGUUGCAAGAUUUUAAAGGAAAAUACUUAGUGUUUUUCUUUUAUCCUCUUGAUUUCACAUUUGUAUGCCCGACUGAAAUUAUUGCAUUUAGUGAUCGUAUCAAAGAAUUUCAUGCAAUAAAUACUGAGGUGGUUGCUUGUUCAGUAGAUUCACAGUUCACUCAUCUGGCAUGGAUAAAUACUCCGAGAAAAGUAGGUGGACUUGGACCUUUAAAUAUUCCUCUAUUAUCUGAUCUCACUCACCAAAUUUCAAAAGACUAUGGAGUUUAUUUAGAAGAUUUGGGUCAUACACUGAGGGGAUUGUUCAUCAUUGAUGAGAAAGGUGUGCUGAGGCAGAUUACCAUGAAUGAUUUACCAGUUGGUAGAUCUGUUGAUGAGACUCUGAGACUUGUUCAAGCAUUCCAAUAUACAGACAAGCAUGGAGAGGUAUGUCCAGCUGGAUGGAAGCCCGGUGCAGAUACAAUUAUUCCUAAUCCUUCUGAUAAACUGAAAUAUUUCAGCAAGUUCGAUUUAUGAG